GGGGGGGGGAUGAAGACGAGGAGGGUGAGACGGGGCCGGUACCCCCGGCCGGGGUGCAAUGAGGGGGGGGGGUUCCCGCCCCGCCCGCGGCCCCAGGCUUUGUCCGGGCUUUAAUUGGAAGUGUCAGAGGGGUGCGGGCCGUGACGGGCCGAGCGGGGCUAAUCCAGCCCUCCGCAUGACUGGUCCGGGGAAACCGCGGCCGUGGGGAUUAACCGCCCCCCCACUUCCCCCCCCUCCGCGCCCCCCCUCCACAAAAAAAGGCUCCCAGAGCGGCUCAGCCACCACCCCCGGGUGGGGGACAGCGGGGACAGCGCCUUGGCCCUGCCAGAGCCACGGAGCGGCACCGCCCGGGUGCCCACGGCCACGCCACGCCGCCCCCCACGCCCAUGCAGCCCCCCUGGCCCCGUGUCCCUCCAUCCCCUGCUCCCUCCUCUGCCCCCCGACGUGCGGGGCCGGGCAGACUCCCUGGGUGCCCACGGCCGUGUUCCCGGGGGACAGGGUCGGUGUCCGGGACAGCUCCGGGUACGGACCGGGAGAGGGCUCCACGGACACCGGAGCGGCCCCGGCGCGGUCCCGGCCCCGCGUCCCCCCCCCAAAAAAAUAUCGGGGGUCCCGGGCAGGCGUCCUCGGUCUGUCCCGAGUCUCUGCUCUCCCCGUGUGCCCCGGGCUGACCCGAACUGCCCAGGGUCUCUGCUGUCCCCAUGUGCCCCGGGCUGUCCCGGGCUGUCCGGGGCUGUCCCGGGCUGUCCCGGCUCUCCGCUCUCCUCGGGCGCUCGGAGCUGUCCCGGGAAUUCCCGGCACUCCACUCCCCCGUGUGCCCGGGGCUGGCCCAGGAAAUCCCGGGCUAACCCGGGCCCCCGCUCCCUCCGUGCGCCGGGAGCUGUCCCGGGUUGUCCGGGGACUCUGCCCCCCCCUUGCGCCCAGAGUUGCCCCGGGACGCCCUUCCCCGUUCCCCGCGCCGGUGCCGGUGCAGCGGGAGCGCGGAGCCGGCCGCGGGGCGUCCAGAGGCAGCCGGGGGGGUCCCGGCCGCGCUGUCGGCACGGGGCCGGGCGGCGGAGGGUCGGGACGAAGCCACCCGCCGGGCUAAUCCGGGCCGUGACGGACAGGCCCGGCGCCGCCGCUCCGGCCGCCCCAUAAGAGGUGCCGCGGCUCCGCCGCUCCCCAUUGUUAGGGCGAGGACGCGGGACCGGCCCAUGGGGACCCUGCGCGCCGCCCCUAUAAGAGGGAAGGGGCUGGAAGAUGCUCCCGGGUGCUGAGCGCUGCGCACCCGCCGAACCGAGCCGAGCCGCGCCGCGCCGCCUCCCCGGGGAGCCGCCGAACACCGGCAC